AUGUCGGUCGCCACCGGAGUUGCUCCUGCAAACGAUAGUGGUACCAGUAGAAACAGACUUAAGCUGAACGGAGCACUCACCGUCACGACCACUGCCGUCAAAGAUGGCAGCAACAGGAGCGGCGGCAUGGAAACGAGCUGUAUAGUCGACAACAGCCUGCAAAGUCACCCAACCACAUCAGAGGCGUCCGACUCGGCGACCGUGCCGGAUUCAGAACCAUCGCUCCUCAGUGCCCCAGAGUCCCCCGCAACGAAGGCCGGCAAUGACGAGACACACACGAAAUCCGCAGAAGAGCCCAAGCCCAAGUCCAAGUGGACGCUCGCCUGGCGCUGGUGCAAACGCGCCUCGACCCCAUACUCCAGCCAACCCCACAAUACCACCAAAACCACAAACCAGCGGCCCCACCACCUCCCCAAGAGAUACCCAGCCAUGCCUCCCACGCCCGCAGACCACGUCCCCCAUCAAAUCCCCGCACACAUCGCCGCGAAGCUCAUGCACAUCAACCCCAACAGCGAACAUAUCAAGACAGAGCGAGAGCGAAGGACGCCGGAUUACCAGAGCUCGAAGCGGCUUGCCAGGACAGAGUGGGAGAACACGCGGCGGGAGUGUCGUCUGCGAAGGAUCGACAUGGAAUACUGGGAGGGGUCGCGUGAUCGUGGAAGCGCCGGCUUUCUGGCUGUCGACGUCACGGGAAGAUUGAAGGCGACGCGGCUCAAACAUCCCGGGCUGGGGGAAUAUCGAGAGUCGCCGUUCGUGAAACCUACUAGUUGUAAAGGCAGGUAA